AAUAUGCUGUAUUCAUAGUAUAUAUAGCACACUCAUCCCCUCCACCGCUGCCUCUCUGUUGCCUCUCAUUCGUUUAGAUUGUUUCUUCCCCUGAAAGGUAGGAGGGGUUGCGUGCGUUGCUGUACUUUCUCACUGACUCAGGCAGGACACAGCAGUGCAGUGCUUUCUGACUGCCAGAGGAAAUUGACACACUGGGAAGCUUUUUCUUUAUGCUAUUGUUGGUGGGUCCUGUUUGGAAAUUUUUCUUGCCAAAACGGUGAAAAAAAACAGAAGAUCAGGAAACAAGGACAAUGCCAAGACUCUAUUGGUGCAUUUUGAGAAGCUGUUGAAAGCAGGGCGUCCAGGUCUGUCAUUAGAGGUGACGUCAUCUGCAUUGUUGUUUUCCUCCGGGCUAAACUAAUUAAGCAGUCAAUAUGGUGGCUGGAAUGGUCAUGCCACUUACGGAAUUACGGGCAAUUUAUGAGCGGCUUUUCCGAGAUGGCGUUUUGGUGGCCGAGAAGGACAAGCGCCCCCAGCGCCUGCACCCUGAGGUUCCAGGGGUGUCCAACCUGAAGGUGAUUCAGGCCAUGCGUUCCCUGAAGCCUAAAGGCUUUGUGAAGGAGACCUUUGCCUGGAGGCACUGCUAUUGGUACCUGACCAAUACAGGCAUUGUCUACUUGCGUAAUUUCCUACAUCUGCCACCAGAGAUUGUGCCAUCAUCCGUACACAGGACAUGCACACCUGCAUCCAUGAGUAAUGUUUUAGCUGUGCAAAGCCCAUCCUGUUAUGUUUCUAGGCCUCAGGAUGAACGAAAAAGUCAAGAGGCACUGAUGGACCAACGAAGCUACCGCCGCAAGACGGCCCAAGCAGAGGAGGUCCAAAGAGAGAGGUCAGUCAAGUUCAGGGGAGGCUACAGAGCUUCAAGCCCAACACAUGGGGCCUUCCAAAGAGAGGAUCCUGAAGUUGAGGAUGACCAGGCAAGAGGCCUGAGAUCUGCUGUAUUUGAGAGGAUUGCCAGACCUAGUCCAUCUGCUAUGGCUAUGGAUCAAGAGAGUGUUGCAUCAAAACCACCACCAAAAGUGAAGCCUCUUCCUACAGUUAGGCCCUCACCACCCUUAACUACUUCUCUACCAUCAAAAGCUAAGUCACCAAUGGUACCACCAGAUGAAUUAUUAACAGGUUUGGGGGACAAGAAGGCAGUGGUCUUAGAAAUGACCGAAGAGUUGAAAGAAACAGUACCUCAUCAUCUACUACCUUUGGCAGGGCAGCAGUUGGAGACUAAAAUGAUUCCUAAGGAGGGACUAGUUGUAGAGACUGAAGCUUUGGAUGAUGUGAUUACAGGUGAUGUCCCUACUGAUAAGGUUGUCCCUGAGACCCACUUUGGACAGGUCCCUAUGAAAUGCACUCCAGAGCUUGCCAAUGUAACCCUGAAAACACCUGAAAGUGAGACUUUGGACAAAGAUCUAAUCAAGAUCUCUCUCGACUUCAAAACUGACGUUACAACCCAAGAACUUCUACAGGACAUUUCUGACAGCAAACUACCUGCAGAGCAGGUUGCUGAAGCAAGGAUCUUACGUGAAGUACACAUGGAGCCUAUUAAGGCUAACUCUUCAUUGGAUCCAAGUGAACAACUGGAGAGGGAGCGAUCAGUGCGCCAGAUGACCACCUUGAAAAGCUCUUCCUCCCCAGGUGAUUGGGCCUUCAGCAAAGAGGAGUAUAAGGAUGAGGCCAAGAAUACUUGGCCAGACUUCGGUGAAGGUGUGUUUUACGUUUCUUCUUGCUCCCCUUUAAUGCACUUCAUAUUUUACUAGAUUUUGGUGGGGUUUUGUUUGAGAGGCGUAUGUGGUAAUGAUGGUAGUGCUAGUCCUACGUUAGUGUGGGCAGAGGGGAAUCGUCAGGGCCUUCUAGGCCUUCAGAGAAACCUAGUGAUUUCUACAAAUGUCUAAAAAUUUUCCAUUGCCAGUUCAAGAAUUUAACCCUUUCACAAUUAUCCAUCUUUUUUUUUCUGCAUGGUAUCCAAGUAAUUGCAGUGAGCUCUCCUAUUGGUUAGGACUUCAGGAGCUGGACUGAAGACCUAAUGUGUCAGAUUAACCACUAACAUAAUUUGGAACUGACACUAAAUUCAGCCUCAUUUUG